AUGAUCGAUCUCGCGACAGCGUUGCUCAUCACAGCGGCCUUCCUUAGGACAACGCUUGCUCUUGAUGCAUGUCCCAAUGGCGAGAAGAUCUAUACUGGUGCGAGUGGCAUGAGCUACAAACUAUGCCCCAACUCUGAUUUCUUGGGUGAAACUGUUCAAAUUCGAGGCAAUGUUAACUCGCUGGAAGAAUGCGCUGCAAUGUGCGAUGGGGAUAAGAAUUGUUAUAGGGGGGUUUACGACCACGACUAUCGUUAUUGCCACAUCAAGGCUCAGGGUGCUAUGCGUUGGGAGCCGAGCCAGCAGUUUGACGUUAUUCAACAAAACUUCAAGGAUAUUGCUCGCUGCCCAGGCCAAGAGACAUCUUACUCCAGUAAUGGUAAAAAUUACAAGAUCUGUCGCUCUUCAGAUCUCCGAGGUGGUACUCUUCAAAUCCAAUGGAAUGUCAACUCAUUGAAUGACUGCGCUGACCGUUGCGCUCGGGAUGGCGCAUGUGUUCAUGCUUUGUGGGACGCAACUUACAAAGCCUGCCAUUUCAAGGGCAGCCAGGAAACAAAUACAAUCAUAUGGUCAUUAAACAAGCAAUUCGACACCAUCCGACUCGAUCUCAAAUUUCCUCGAGCUACUAAGGGCGAAUGGUCUGAUCUAGUGUGGCUCCCACUGAUUCCCGUUGCCGGCUAUGUGGUUCCAGAAUUCCCUUCUUCAUCACGAUUGCUUGUGUUCAGCGCAUACAAGCCUUUUGAGUUUUCUGGCCCCAUGAAGCAAACUGUAUUUGGAGACUACAAUUUCAAUACUGGCCAGACGUCCUUGAGAACUAUUGCGAACACCCAGCACGAUAUGUUCUGCCCUGGAAUCAGUAGUCUCCAAGACGGACGAAUCCUGAUUCAGGGGGGUUCAGACGCAUCUGUAACGAGCUUUUACAACCCAUCGACUAACGAGUUCACACGUGGUCCUGAUCUUGGGAAAGCUCGAGGCUAUCAAUCUUCUGUUACAACCUCCGACAACAAAAUUUUUACCAUCGGAGGAGCAUGGAGCGGUGCCCGUGAAGGAAAGGAUGGCGAGGUUUACGAUCCGAAGAGCAACACUUGGACGCCGCUUCCUGGUGCUAAAGUCGGGCCAAUGUUGACUCAGGACAAUGCUGGCAUCUGGAGAGAGGAUAACCACGCUUGGCUGUUCGCAUGGCGAAAUGGCUCCGUCUUCCAAGCUGGGCCUAGCAAGGCUCAGAACUGGUACGGCACUGCAGGCCAAGGAUCGCAAGUCGGCGCAGGCAUCCGAGAUGACAACCACGCAAUGUGUGGCAUUUUUGCCAUGUAUGAGCCCGGUAAAAUCUUCAGUUCUGGUGGCUCAACAUCCUACUCCGAUGUCGCGUCUCUUACUCGUGCGCAUAUCACUACCAUCGACAAGCCAUACCAGCCUGCCAAGGUUGAGCGCAUGCCUGACAUGGCCUUUCCUCGUGGCUAUGCCAAUGCCGUCGUGCUUCCGGAUGGCACAGUCUUCAUUACCGGUGGCCAGCGGUGGGUUAAGGGAUUUCAAGAUACCGAUUCCGUAGUCUACCCGGAGCUGUUCAACCCCUACACCAAACAGUGGCGGACUCUUGCUCCAGAAGCUAUUCCCCGGAAUUACCACUCCAUCAGCAUUCUGCUCGCUGAUGGCCGUGUUUUCAGCGGAGGCGGGGGUCUCUGCUGGACUGGCGGAGAUUGCGAUCCACAUGCCGAUCAUCCCAAUGGCCAAAUAUUUUCGCCGCCGUACCUCUUCAAUUCUGACGGUUCGGUCGCCACCCGCCCUGUCAUUUCCAGCGUCAGUGCCCGGUCUAUCAAGGUUGGAGGCUCGUUCACGAUAAACAUGUCAGUAUCAGCAUUGAAUCUCAAAUUCGUGCUUGUGCGCAUGGGUAGCGUGACCCAUUCGGUCAACACUGACCAAAGACGUAUCCCUUUGACAAACGUUUCUAGAAGCGGACCUAACUACACUGUAAGCCUACCAAACGACAGUGGUGUGCUUAUCCCCGGAAUGUAUUACUUGUUUGUCUCGUCUGCAAAUGGUACACCGAGUCUGGCGAGGACAAUGCAGAUAAUGCUGUAG